AUGGUUGUAGACAUGAGGAGCAGGAUGAGUUUAUAUGUUGUUGGGUUGUCUCGUCAGUCAAGCAAGGAAGGCAAGGCAACUAUGCUGAUAGGCGUUAUUGACCUAGCAAGAUUUAUCAUCUAUUUACAACAAGUUGAAGAGGAUAAGUUGAAGGAUAAAGAAGAGUUUAAAGAUAAGAGGGCCAAGAAGGGACCUGCUCCACCAUUUGCUAGUGCACCUGCUCUUGAGAACAAAGAUGGGUACAUUAGAAAUUCCUAUAGUUUCAGGGCUAGACUUGCCUAUCCUCAAGGCAGUAUGGUACCAAGGGGUAGUAAGGCUCCUGCAUGUGCUAGAUGUGGUAGGGUUCGUCCAGGGAAGUGUAGUCAAGGCCAGACAGGUUUCUUUAAGUGUGGACAAGAGGGUUACUUCAUGAAGGAGUGCCCAAAGAAUAAGCAAAGUAGUGGAAAUUUGGGCAGUAGGGCCCAAUCUUCUUCAGUUGUCCUACCAGACUAG